AUGGUCCAUCCCCGAACCAAAACGCCACAACGUACUAUACUGACUCCACGACUGGGGGGGGUUGUCAGGGGGCUCAAUGAAUGUAUUGGUGUGUUUGCCAAGUUGCCAAGUACCACGCUCACCACAGCAAAAGUGGUACACAUCGCUGCUGAGGAGAGAGCUAUCAAGAUGAACGAAGACCAGGGGCAGGCCGCGUACGGUGAGUUUCGUAGCGACUACGUUGGGGCAGCUUUGCCUUCUCUGUCCCACGGGUGAUUGCCGUGACAAGACCUGGACGCCAGUGAACAGGAAAAAUGCACCGCUCUCUCUCUGCGCGUGUUUCGUAGAAUCCUACGAGAUGUUGGAUGUUUAACCCCAUCGUGGUCAAGGGAAGGCAGGCUUACUACCCUUGCAUCUGGUUGCCUCGCCAUCCUUAGCGAGAGUAUUAAGUGUGGUCGAAGGACAGCAAUGAGCGCACUAUUCCCGACAGCAGGCGGCUGCCUCCCUAGCACAGCAGCACUUCUGUGUCGCUCCUGUCGCCGUUGCCUUGUUCUCUCAACGAUUUGUUAGAAGGACCCACAAGCGACAGACUCUCCGUUGGGUGUGCUCUUCUACAUACCAUCGCACCCAUACGGAUUCUUCGAGUUUACUCCCACAAGAGAGAGAAAAGCGGCAGUGCCUUCAUGAAUCUUGCACGCAGAGGGUCAGAAUUGUGCCUACACACAUGCCGACUGGCUGACCCCGGAGCAGCAGUUUCUGCUUUGUGCUGCAAAGUCGACCGAACAUGCAAGGUACUGCUGUAGCACGUCGGACAGCAAGGCAACGCAGAGUCUGCUGUUUGCUGCUCAUGUCGGACCGAAAAUGUACAACAUUAGUAGGAGAGAGCAAAGGAGCAAAGGGCGGGCGUAUGCAUAAGCUGUCGCACAUGCAUAUACGGAUGAAUGUUUGCGAACCAAGAGCUUCGCUUCACAUGCACGGGCGGACCGCACGCUUUGAUACAGCAGCACGGAAGCCACACAGAGACAGGUUUCACUGCCGUAGGGACGAAAUGUCCGAUGUGUGGAUUUGAUAUUUGCUGUUGCGCAGAUUGGGGACUGGAUCUAGAGGCCCUGUACUAUCGAAGUGCCAAAAAUCAGUAUCGAAUAUCAAAAUCAACCGAAAAAAGGGGGCCCGCGGAUAACAGGAGGGGUCGGGAAAAGGAGUCAGUAACAGACCUGACGCUAGGGCAAGAGCCAGCAGCCAAGCGAUAUUUUCCUCGAGAGUAUACUUGUGCGCUCUUCUGUUCACGUGUUCACCGAUAUCUCGCUGAACAAGGGACGAGGUGCACCAAGCAAUGGUAUCCUGUAGAAGGUGGAGCUACGGGCUGUUGGAUAACGCCAAGGUUUGGCGCCGUGAGGUGCCGCCUGCGCCCUACAAAAAGAGUCGGUUGGUAAACGUUGACACAAAAAUGCGAACGGCCGAGAGCGGCUGGUAGGAGUGCAGUGUUGCAGACUGCCACGGGUUUGGUUGUACAGGUAAAGCUUCUCGAGGGAGGAAGGAACAGCAAUGGCAUUACUAGUCCGAGAGAGGUAGGUCUACUGCUGUUGAUCUUUCUUGGACGAGGCUUGAUGCCUUGGGGUAUCGUGAGUGUCGAGAAAAAUAGUUGCGUGUUCGCUCUCCCGCACGGAAAAGGCCAAAGAAAUCGCGUCAGCUCUCUACUUUUAUCAUCAGUCUCUUUGCCACUUGUGACGAUCGGCAUUUUCUCAUCGAGAACCUAACGAGCCGGCCCGGUUUUAGGCCUGCCAGUGAGCAGAGUGAUCUGGCUACCCAUGGCUCUCGGUGGUACGGUGUCGAUAGCCUCUCUAUGAGCAACGUACAGCAGGUCGUAUGGUGCACUGCUUUGCAGCGGCCCCGCGGCAAUUGUUGGAACAACCCACCCGCGCUUUCCCCGCAGCUCCGCAGCUGUCUUGGAUGACUUUGAUUUUGAUCUGAAAUGUAGAUACCUCGGGGACUUCUUUCCCCAGGCAGGAAUUGGCUAAAUAUCAAGGACGGCGCCUGGAGGUAUGCGAGCAUGCCGACCAAACAGAGCUCAAUUUCGAUUUCGUCUUUUGGUGCUGCGUUGAGAUGUAGAG